AUGUGCGAGGUUGCGAUAACGAUUAAGGAGGAUCCCACCGGCCCCGAAGCUGUCCGUUUCGCCAACGCAAAUGUUGCUAUUGCGUCUGGCAAUGUCAGUAGUCAGGAGGUCCUGCCAUAUCUACCCACUCGGCAGAUCAAGACGUUCCAUCCACGGUCGCCGGGAAUUUCUGCGUAUCGUGAUGCAGUUUGGGAUGCGAUGGUUGAGGCUGGGUAG